CUGAGCAUCUGCAAGGACCCCGAGAUGGAAAAAGACUGGGGUGUCACGUGGAACACCAGCAGCCCCGACUUCACCAAGUGCUUUCGGAACACCGCCCUCGUGUGGGUGCCUUGUGCCUACCUCUGGGCCUGCUUCCCCGUCUACUUCCUCUAUCUCUCUCACCACGACCGGGGCUACAUUCAGAUGACACACCUCAACAAAACCAAAACUGCCUUGGGGUUUUUGCUGUGGAUCGUCUGCUGGGCAGACCUCUUCUACUCUUUCUGGGAAAGAAGUUGGGGCAAGUUCCUGGCCCCAGUGUUUCUGGUCAGCCCAACCCUCUUGGGCAUCACUAUGCUGCUCGCUACCUUCCUAAUUCAGCUCGAGAGAAGGAAGGGCGUCCAGUCCUCGGGGAUCAUGCUCACUUUCUGGCUUGUAGCCCUACUGUGCGCCCUUGCCAUCUUGCGAUCCAAAAUCAUGACUGCCUUAAAAGAGGAUGCUGAAAUCGACAUGUUUCGCGAUGUCACUUUCUACAUUUACUUUACCCUCGUGCUGAUUCAGCUCGUGUUGUCCUGCUUCUCAGACCGAUCGCCCCUGUUCUCUGAAACCAUCCACGACCCCAACCCCUGCCCGGAGUCCAGUGCCUCCUUCCUGUCGAGAGUCACCUUCUGGUGGAUCACAGGGCUGAUGGUUCGGGGCUACCGCCAGCCGCUGGAGAGCACUGACCUCUGGUCCCUGAAUAAGGAGGACACCUCGGAGCAAGUUGUGCCCGUUUUGGUCAAGAACUGGAAGAAGGAGUGUGCCAAGUCCAGAAGGCAGCAGCCGAAGGUCGCGUACUCCUCCAAGGACCCCGCCAAGCCCAAAGGGAGCUCCCAGCGGGACGUGAGCGAGGAGGCCGAGGUUUUGCUUGUCAAGUCCCCUCAGAAGGGGCGGGAGCCGUCUCUGUUUAAGGUGUUAUACAAGACCUUCGGGCCUUACUUCCUCAUGAGCUUCCUGUUCAAGGCCCUCCAUGACCUGAUGAUGUUCGCCGGCCCAGAGAUCUUAAAACUGCUCAUCAGCUUCGUGAACGACAAGAAGGCCCCGGACUGGCAGGGCUACUUCUACACGGCGCUGCUGUUCGUCAGCGCCUGCCUGCAGACGCUCGUGCUGCACCAGUACUUCCACAUCUGCUUCGUCAGCGGCAUGAGGAUCAAGACCGCCGUCAUCGGGGCCGUCUACCGCAAGGCCUUGGUGAUCACCAACUCAGCCAGAAAAUCCUCCACCGUUGGGGAGAUCGUCAACCUCAUGUCCGUGGACGCCCAGAGGUUCAUGGACCUGGCCACGUACAUUAACAUGAUCUGGUCAGCCCCUCUGCAAGUCAUCCUUGCUCUCUACCUCCUGUGGCUGAACCUGGGCGCCUCCAUCCUGGCCGGAGUGGCCGUGAUGAUCCUCAUGGUUCCCGUCAACGCCGUGAUGGCCAUGAAGACCAAGACCUACCAGGUGGCCCACAUGAAGAGCAAGGACAACCGGAUUAAGCUGAUGAACGAGAUUCUCAACGGGAUCAAAGUGCUCAAGCUCUACGCCUGGGAGCUGGCCUUCAAAGACAAGGUGCUGGCCAUCAGGCAGGAGGAGCUGAAGGUGCUGAAGAAGUCGGCCUACCUGGCGGCCGUGGGAACCUUCACCUGGGUCUGCACCCCUUUCCUGGUGGCCCUGUCUACGUUUGCCGUCUACGUGACCGUCAACAAGAACAACGUCCUGGACGCCCAGAAAGCUUUCGUGUCCUUGGCCUUGUUCAACAUCCUCCGGUUUCCCCUCAACAUUCUCCCCAUGGUCAUCAGCAGUAUCGUGCAGGCGAGUGUCUCCCUCAAACGCCUCAGGAUCUUUCUGUCCCACGAGGAGCUGGAGCCCGACAGCAUCGAGCGGCGGCCCGGCAAAGACGGUGGGGGCACAGACAGCAUCACUGUGAAGAAUGCCACGUUCACAUGGGCCAGGAGUGACCCUCCCACACUGAAUGGCAUCACCUUCUCCGUUCCGGAAGGUUCCUUGGUGGCCGUGGUGGGCCAGGUGGGCUGUGGAAAGUCGUCUCUGCUCUCAGCACUCCUGGCCGAGAUGGACAAGGUGGAGGGGCACGUGGCUAUCAAGGGCUCAGUGGCCUACGUCCCCCAGCAGGCCUGGAUUCAGAAUGAUUCUCUCCAAGAAAACAUCCUUUUUGGACGCCCGCUCCAGGAGCGCUAUUACAAGGCUGUGAUCGAAGCCUGUGCCCUCCUCCCGGAUCUGGAAAUCCUGCCCAGCGGGGACCGGACGGAGAUCGGUGAGAAGGGUGUGAACCUGUCCGGGGGCCAGAAGCAGCGUGUGAGCCUGGCCCGGGCCGUGUACUGCAACUCUGACAUCUACCUUUUCGACGAUCCCCUGUCGGCGGUGGACGCUCACGUGGGAAAAGACAUAUUUGAGAAUGUGAUCGGCCCCAAGGGGAUGCUGAAGAACAAGACGCGGCUCCUGGUCACGCACGGCAUCAGCUACCUGCCGCAGGUGGACGUCAUCAUCGUCAUGACCGGAGGCAAGAUCUCAGAGAUGGGCUCCUACCAGGAGCUGCUGGCCCGCGACGGGGCCUUUGCCGAGUUCCUGCGCACGUACGCCAGUGCCGAGCAGGAGCAGGAGCAGGGGCAGGAAGAUGGAUUCACAGGCCCCAGCAGCCCGGGCAAGGAGGUGAGGCAGAUGGAGAACGGCAUGCUGGUGACGGAGGCCGCGGGGAAGCAGCAGCUGCAGAGGCAGCUCAGCAGCUCUUCCUCGUGCAGCGGGGACGUGAGCCGCCACCACACCGGCACCGCCGAGCUGCAGAGAGCCGGAGCCAAGGAUGAGGACGCCUGGAAGCUGGUAGAGGCAGACAAGGCUCAAACGGGGCAGGUCAAGCUGGCCGUGUACUGGGACUACAUGAAGGCCAUCGGACUUUUCAUCUCCUUCCUGAGCAUCUUCCUCUUCUUGUGUAACCACGUUGCCUCCCUGGCCUCUAACUACUGGCUCAGCCUCUGGACUGAUGACCCCAUCGUCAACGGGACCCAGGAGCACACUAAACUCCGGCUGAGCGUCUAUGGAGCCCUGGGCAUUUCACAAGGUGUCUCGGUGUUCGGCUACUCCAUGGCCGUGUCCAUCGGGGGGAUCUACGCCUCCCGCCGGCUGCACCUGGACCUGCUGCACAACGUGCUCCGGUCGCCCAUGAGCUUCUUCGAGCGGACGCCCAGCGGGAACCUCGUGAACCGCUUCUCCAAGGAGCUGGACACGGUGGACUCGAUGAUCCCCCAGGUCAUCAAGAUGUUCAUGGGCUCCCUGUUCAACGUCCUUGGCGCUUGCAUCAUCAUCCUGCUGGCCACGCCCAUCGCCGCCAUCAUCAUCCCACCGCUGGACCUCAUCUACUUCUUCGUCCAGAGGUUCUACGUGGCCUCGUCGCGGCAGCUGAAGCGCCUGGAGUCCGUCAGCCGCUCGCCGGUGUACUCCCACUUCAGCGAGACCCUGCUGGGCGUCAGCGUCAUCCGCGCCUUCGCGGAGCAGGCGCGCUUCACCCGCCAGAGCGACCUGAAGGUGGACGAGAACCAGAAGGCCUACUACCCCAGCAUCGUGGCCAACAGGUGGCUGGCCGUGCGGCUGGAGUGCGUGGGGAACUGCAUCGUCCUGUUUGCCGCCCUGUUUGCCGUGAUCUCCAGGCACAGCCUCAGCGCCGGCCUAGUGGGGCUCUCGGUGUCCUACUCACUGCAGGUCACCACGUACUUGAACUGGCUGGUCCGCAUGUCAUCUGAGAUGGAGACCAACAUCGUGGCCGUGGAGAGACUGAAGGAGUAUUCAGAAACCGAGAAGGAGGCUCCCUGGCGAAUCCCCGAGGUGUCUCCGCCCAGCGACUGGCCUCAGGUGGGCCGAGUAGAAUUCCGAGACUACGGCCUCCGUUACCGAGAAAACCUGGACCUGGUUCUCAAGCACAUUAACGUCACCAUCGAGGGAGGGGAGAAGGUCGGCAUCGUGGGGCGGACGGGAGCUGGGAAAUCAUCCCUGACCCUGGGCUUGUUUCGGAUCAACGAGUCUGCUGAGGGAGAGAUCCUUAUCGAUGACAUCAACAUCGCGAAGAUCGGCCUGCAUGAUCUGCGCUUCAAGAUCACCAUCAUCCCGCAGGACCCUGUUUUGUUCUCGGGUUCCCUGCGCAUGAACCUGGACCCGUUCAGCCAGUACUCCGAUGAGGAAGUCUGGACGUCCCUGGAGCUGGCUCACCUCAAGGACUUUGUGUCAGCCCUGCCCGACAAGCUGAACCACGAGUGUGCGGAAGGCGGCGAGAACCUGAGUGUUGGGCAGCGCCAGCUGGUGUGCCUGGCCCGGGCUUUGCUGAGGAAGACGAAGAUCCUUGUCUUGGAUGAGGCCACAGCGGCUGUGGACCUGGAAACCGAUGACCUCAUUCAGUCUACCAUCCGGACGCAGUUUGACGACUGCACUGUGCUGACCAUUGCCCACCGGCUCAACACCAUCAUGGACUACACAAGGGUAAUCGUCUUGGACAAAGGAGAGAUCCUGGAGUGUGGCCGGCCCUCGGACCUCCUGCAGCAGAGAGGCCUUUUCUACAGCAUGGCCAAAGACGCAGGUCUGGUGUGAGCCCCGGAGCUGCUGCAUCUGGUCCCAAUUGUCGGGCCAACACGGUGGCAUCCGGGAAGGAGGCACAAGCCUCCUGUCUACCGAAACCAAAAAAAAAAAAAGAAAAAAGAAAAACCAAAAAACAGAAAACCAACACAAAGCAGCCACCGUGUGGCCCCCAGCCGGGACCUGGUCGUGAAGACACAGGAGACCCCCAGAGACGCAGCCCCCAGACGCUCCCAGCCUCGCCGCCGUUGCCCAACACGAUGCACACAGUCCUCACGCUCCCCGGGGGCACGCCCUCGGGCUCUUGGUGCUUUGUUGGAGGUUUUGGUGGCCAGACAGCCUGAGAAAUUGGUUUCGUAAAGUAUGCUAGUGACCAAAUGCAGCCAGCUGCCUCAGAUCUCUCCAGCCGACGUCUGUGGAGUCCGUCUUCGAGAAGCCCCCUACAGCUGCCCGUGGCGCCUCUGACGUCCCUCCUUGUCUGGCUCCUCCCAGAAUGCUUUGUCUCCUUGGGGCUGCAGGUGGGAGGUGAGGGGCCUGGGAAGGUCCUUCUCUCCCUUGGGCAGGCCCUUGAGGGCCACGGUCACUCCUGUCACCACCCACGUGGUCUUCCAGGACAGGCGUCGCACACCGGGGGCAGCCUCCAGCCCCCGGGCUCCUCACGGGCGGGACUCCACAGGACUCCCGGGCAGUCUGGACCCGGAGGUCACCUCAGUGCUCCCUCCCCAGCCUGGCCACUCGCUCCUUGUCCUCUUCAGUCUUCUCCUGGCUCUCCUUCCUCCCUCUUUCUACCCAUUGCCAGAAUGGCUCUACUUCUGUAGUCCCUGAGACAGAAGAUCUGCCAAUGGUUAUGAAGCGGUCAAGGUCAAGAGCACCAGGUACCCCCCCAAGUACGACCUGUUGGUACUUAAAAGAGCCCCGUUGAUCCCCCUCGGCGUGUUUAGAUUUCUUUUCUCGCCCUUGGCAUCUGGUUAGCUUGAAGGUGGCAGUGUGGAGAACUUGACAUUGCUUUACGGAGUCCCUUCCAGGAUGGGAGAGGGACCCAUUCACGAAUAUCAGUGACUGCUUUUUCUUUUUUUCUUCUUCUUCUUCUUUUUCCCCCCAAGUGCUGCUCCAGGGAGAAAAAUUGUCUCAAGACUUUAAUUUCUUGGGCAGAAGGGUUAGUUGAGGAGCAGCCUUCCCGGGGAGUGGACACGUUGGCCGGCACCUGACAGCUGGUCCGUGUGGUUCUGAAAGAAAGCGGAGAAGCUGAGUCCCUCAGGCCUGUCCUGUCUGGAGCUCACAGCGAGCACAGUGAGACCCCAGAAAAGCAGGGGAAGGUCACUCCUGCUCCACGGUUCAUACUUACUAAGAAUUACAUUGCUGACUUCAAACCCGAGAAGCAUCCUUCUUUUAGGUGGAAAUACGUAUUUAUUUUUUUUUUUUGUAAGUUAUACCAUUCUUUCACAUUAGAUAAACCAAGUUUUUCUUGGGAAACUUUUUCUAAUGACUUACACUGGAAACAUGAACAUUUGCAAAUAAUUUGCAGUAAAAAAAAAAUAUUUUGUUUCUUACCGAA